GGCACGUGUGGCGUCAUGCUGCUACUUGGAGUCAGGGUCACCGCCCCCCCUGCCCCUGGUCCCCUCACCCCGCAUUCCCCUUCUCCUCCUCCUCGUCACCCGGUACACGUCGUUUCCUCUCGUGCAGUCAUCGUCUCUCAGUCGGCGCGUCAUUGGUUGCGCGCACGCACCGCUUCGCUUGUCGCACGUGUUCUCUUUAUCGAGGCCAUGUCCAAAGCGCGUUACAAAUAUUGUAUAGUACCGACAUGUAAGAACACUACGUCUAAAACACCUCACAAGUUGUUCUUCACCGUCCCGGUCGGUGAAGAGAUACGUAGAGCGUGGUGUUUAGCGGCUGGACGGGUGCCCGGAGUUCAUAAAACAUUAUCUAGUAAAUGUUGUCGUUUCAUUUGUGAGGAUCAUUUUGAUCUAGAAAACGAUAUGGAAAACUAUGUUAAGUGGAAAUUGGUCGGAGUUGGAAAGUUAAUCUUAAAAAGAGGCGUAUUACCACAUAAGUUCAUCUGUCAAAGUGAAAGGAAAGAAGCGGAGAAAAAUUAUAUUCCACCAAAGUUAAAAAAAGAUAACACUGAGUAUCGGAAAAAAGACAAGAAACAUUUAAAAAAUGAACAGAAAAGUGGAAGGAAACGAAAAAAUACACAACAAAAACAUAGUCGCAGGGAGUUUGAUAUUGAGAUCAAAGAGGAAUUUGUUGAAGACAUUUUUGAUCAGAAACCGAAAGUAGUAAAUAAGGAAGAAGACGAACAAAUACAUAAUAAUAUAUAUAUAAUAAAGUAUGACAUUAAGACAGGAGGAGAAUACUUGGUUAAAGUGUUUGAUAGAGUUUAGUGCGAAACAAUGAUAUUUUUAUUUAUUACUUUAUGUGUACAUAUAUUUAAAUCACGGUUAAUAUUACGAGUACAAUGAAAAUAAAAUAUUAUUUUUUUACUUUUUA